AUGGCUACAGAUCUGGUUUUUGUUAAAGAGAUUUCGGCUACUGCAAUUACCGGUAAAGAUGCAUGGAAUAGACCGACUCCACAACCUAUAAACAUAUCAGUAUCAGUCAAAACUGAUUUCCAAAAAGCUUCAAUCACUGACAAUUUGAAGUAUAGUGUUAAUUAUGCGGUUUUAACUAGAAACAUAUCAGAUUUCAUGAAAUCAAAUGAACACAAAAAUUUUAAAUCCUUGGGGAAUAUAGCGGAGUCAAUUAGUUCUAUAGUGUUGAAUGAAACAAAGGGAGAGGGCCAAGUUGCAAAUAUCAAAAUAAACAGUCCAAAAUCAGAGAUAAGAGCUGAAUCAGUUGAGUAUGAAGUAACGCGAAACAAUGGUACUUCCAAUAAGCAUAUUUCGGACUUUUAUAGGGUAAACAAAUUAAGAUUAUUAACAAUUAUCGGAGUCUUCACUUUCGAAAGAUAUCAAAAACAAAUUGUCGAUGUUGAUUUGGAAUUCAAAAUAUUUAAGGAUGAUAUCAAAUUAGAUUUCCACAAAAUUAUUGCCGAUAUUGUGAAUUAUGUUGAGAAUUCAAAUUUCAAAACCGUGGAAGCGUUGGUGUUCAAGAUAGGUCAUUUAGUAUUUCAAAAAUAUGGAAAACUUGGUAUUGCGGCCGUUGAUGUCAAAGCGACCAAACCAAAUGCUUUCAGUCAUGUCGAAGGUGUUGGGGUAAGUUCUUUAGUUACACAAGAGACUUUCAGAGAUGCUGUCGAUGAUGAUUUUUCAUCAGCUGACAAGUCAUCUUCAGAAGUUGGGUUUGACUUGCCUGUGGAAGAUUUAGCUAUUAAUGAUUUUACUGGAGAGCAUGAGGCAUUCAUAGCGGUGGGUUCAAACGUGGGAGAUCAAAUUCGAAAUAUAAAUGAAGCUAUAGGCUUAUUACUGCAUUACAAGAUACGACUUGAAGCCACUUCGUCGCUUUAUAUCUCAAAACCAAUGUAUGUUUUGAAUCAAUCUGAUUUUUUAAAUGGUGUUAUAAAAGUUUCAUUCAAUGAUUAUUCACCAAAUGAAUUGUUGGACAUUUUGAAAAAGAUUGAAUAUAAUCAUAUACAACGAGAAAAACAGAUAGAUAAUGGCCCAAGAUCUAUUGACCUAGAUAUAUUAUUAUAUGAUAAUGUCCAAUUGAAUACAAAAGACUUGAUCAUACCUCACAAACUCAUGUUGGAGAGAACAUUUGUUCUUCAACCUUUAUGCGAAUUAAUACCACCAGAUCAAAUUCAUCCUAUUAGUGCGGAACCAAUACAUGAUCAUUUGCAACAACUACUUAUGAAUGAACCUGACACAGAUAUACAAGAACAUUCAAGACUACUACAAAUUAAUCCAGUACCGAGAUUAUCUACCAACGAAAAUAUACUCAAAUUUGAUCAAAUUAAUUUUCAAUCACCUACUUUGAUUAUGGGUAUACUAAAUAUGACACCAGACUCAUUCAGUGAUGUUGGUAAAUAUUACAAUAACGAGUUGGAUAAAGUUGUGGUUGAAGUUGAGAAAAUGAUCGAUCAAGGCGCUCAAAUUAUUGAUAUUGGUGGAGUGUCUACAAGACCCGGUAGUGUUGAACCUCCUGAAGAAGAAGAAAUAGCUAGAGUAUUACCACUAGUUGAAAAAAUUCGAAAUUCCUCAAAUUCAAAAGUGUCAAAUGUAAUAAUAUCCAUAGACACUUACAGAUCAGCUGUUGCUAAGGAAUGUUUAAUAGCUGGUGCGGAUGUAAUAAAUGACAUUUCAAUGGGUAAAUACGAUGAGAAUAUGUUUGACGUCGUUGCGGAAUUUGGAUGCCCUUAUAUCAUGAAUCAUACAAGAGGUACACCAAAAACAAUGUCAACUCUAACAAAAUAUGAACCAAAUAAAAAUGAUGACAUAAUCGAAUUCAUUAUUAACCCAAAAGUCGGUCAAGAGGAAAUAACUUUGAAACCCGAAUUAACAAAUUUAUUGAAUGGAGUGUCAAGAGAGAUAUCAUCCCAGAUUUUUAAAGCGUUUUCUCGUGGUGUCAAAAAAUGGCAGAUCAUACUAGAUCCAGGCGUUGGAUUUGCUAAAAAUUUGCAACAAAAUUUAGGAUUAAUACAAAAUGCAUCGUUUUUUAAAAAAUACUCAAUACAAGUCAAUGAAUCGAUAGAAUCUUCAAAUUCUCAACAAAAUCACAAGCAUAAAUAUUUGAGCUUCAACGGAAUGAGUUUGUUAAUAGGAACCUCGAGAAAGAAAUUCUUAGGAACAAUCAUAAAACAAGACGAAAACAUACCUGCAGAUAGAAUGAUGGCCACAGCUGCAACUGUAACUGCGUGUAUUGAACAACAUACCGACAUAAUUAGAGUCCAUGACGUGAAAGAAAUUAACGAUGUAGUAAAAGUUAGUGACGCUAUCUACAAAGGUAUAACAUAA